UGUGAGGGGGGUGUUGCUCAGGUCUCCAGGCGCGGCUUGUGAUGUGCGACGUCACCACCGACUGACGCCGGACGUCACUCGUGACGCGAUCAGCGCGACAGGCGUGACGUUCUCGGCCGGACCAUGAGCGGCCGGCGCGCCGGCGUCAUGUGGACCGUAUUGUGCAGCGUGCUGAUUACGCUGGUCGAGACAAGCUCCGGGGCGCCGCUAGACCCGGAGACGAUUGUGGCGCGCACCGGAAGCCGCCUGGCACUCAGCUGUCCGGGCCGCUCGGCCGUCGGCGAUCCGCUGCUGGUGCGGUGGCUGUGCAGGGACUGCGGCCGUGGCGCCGGGCUGGUGCCCGUGGCCGAGUACAGCCAGGACGGCACCGUCUCGCUGCUGGUCGACCCGGACCGGCUGCAGCUGGCCCGCCGCACCUUCCAGCUGGUGAUGGACCCGGCCCUCACCAGCGACUCCGGCACCUACGUCUGCAUGAUCAACAACAGCCCCAGUCCGGAGUACAUUCGCGUCGUCGUUCAAGAUGUGCCUGACGCUCCCGGGCGACCGCUGGUCACCAGCUUCGCGUCCACGUGGGCUAACAUCUCCUGGGCGCCCAGUGUCAAAGGCAGAAACACGCCCGUCCACCACUACUUGGUUCAAGUCCGAGAGGGCGAGGCGGGCACCUGGUCGCUGUUGGGCGCCACAGUCACCCCCGACAACAGAACGGCCUUCACCGUGCACGAGCUGAGGCCCUACACCGCCUACAGCUUCAGGGUGCUCGGGGUCAACGAUCUGGGCCAGGGCACCCCCAGCGAGCCCUCCUACUUCAUGGUGACACUCCGGCAAUUGCCGAGCACCAGACCGGUGCUAGUCUCGGCCCACAACGCCAGCGCCAACAGCAUUGAGCUGGUAUGGCGACCGCCCGCCUCUCUGAAGACGAUGAACGGAGAGUUUCUGGGCUACCAGCUGACCUACCGACCAGUGGCCUCCGACCCGGAGGCGUGGUCGGAGGCUGACCUCCACGGCACAGACGUCACGAGCUUCACCAUCACGGGGCUGGAGCCGUAUACGGAGUACGAGAUCCGCCUACAGUACCACAACAUGCUCGGCCUCGGCCAGCCGACCGUGGUCUCGGUGUGGACCGACGAGGGAGAACCCGGAAGUCCAGAGGGGUUGAAAGAGGAGGAGAUUGGCGACACCUGGGUCCGCCUCACCUGGUCCGAACCGUCCAAGCCAGCCGCGCUCAUCGUUGGCUACCACGUGUACGUGGAGUCGGAAGAGGAUGGCAAGAGACAGAUGGAUGGGCAUGACGUGAAGCUGACAGGAGAUCACAUCUCUUUCAAUCUCACCGGACUAGCGCCCUACACCGAGUACCGCGUGUGGACGUGCGCCAAGUCGCGGCGCACCGAGGGGCGCCGCUCGACGGCCGUGGACGUGCGCACGGACGUGUCAGGACCGGGCGCGCCUCUGCUGGGCAACAUCACAUGUCGCGGCGGCAGUUCGGUGUACGUGCACUGGCGGCGGCCUCUGCAGCUGCAUGGCACUGUGGACUUCUACCUGGUGCAGUACCGUAGCGAGGAGCAGCACGAGUUCGAGGAGCUGGUCAUCCCGACCACGGCCAGCCGACAGGAGGAGACGAUGUUCCUGCCAAACCUGACUAUGGACACGAUGUACGAGGUCCGCGUGGUGGCCGGCACCAACUCGCUCUACCAGCCGCGCCUCACCUACCGCGGCCGGCCGUCGGACUCGCGCAAGGUUUACGUCCAGGAGAACUGCGAGUCGUUGCAGCAGCAGCGGCUGUUCGGCUCUCUGUGGAGCCUAAGUCCUGGCGUGGUUGCCGGCAUAGCCUGCGGCGCCGGCGCCCUCCUGCUGGCCGCGCUCGCUCUCGUCAUGUGGAAGAAGUACUUCCAGGCAGCGUACAAUCACCUCGACGAGCAGAACAAGACGCCGUCGGUGAUCUCCACCGACUGGGAGAACGACUCUCCGGACGGCAGCACAGCCGGCCCCAUCCCCGUCCACCUGUUCCCCAAACACGUCAGCAGACUGCACGCCGACGGCGACAUCGGCUUCAGCAAGGAGUACGAGGCGAUCCAGACGCAGACGCUGCUGGACGGCUAUACGUCAGAAUAUAGUCAGCAUACCGAGAACAAGGACAAGAACAGAUACCUCAACAUCGUGGCCUACGACCACAGUCGCGUGCCGCUCAGCCCGCUUCCCGGCCAGCACCGCUGCGACUACGUGAACGCCAACUUCAUCGACGGCUACGAGCGCCCGCGGGCCUACAUCGGCACGCAGGGUCCGCUGCCGGACACGUACGCCGCCUUCUGGCGCAUGGUCUGGGAGCAGGACGUCCACAUCGUCGUCAUGAUCACCAACCUCAUGGAGAGGGGACGGAAAAAGUGCGACAUGUACUGGCCUCAGGAGGGUUCUGAGACUUACGGUGUCAUCAAGGUGACGGCCUCUGGGGAGGACGUCAUGGCCACGUACACCAUACGCAAGUUCAAGCUGCAGCAUCUCAAGUCCAAGAAGCCGCGUCGGGUGGCGUCCAAGACGGUGUACCAGUACCACUACACCAACUGGCCGGACCACGGCAUCCCCGAGAACCCGCUGCCGAUCCUCAGCUUCGUCAGGAAGUCGGCGGCAGCCAACAGCGACGGCGCUGGUCCCAUCAUCGUCCACUGCAGUGCUGGCGUGGGUCGCACGGGCACCUACAUCCUCCUGGACUCGAUGAUGCGGAUGAUCCGCACGCGCGGCGAGCUCAACGUCUUCGGCUUCCUCAAGUACAUCCGAACGCAGCGCAACUUCCUGGUGCAGACCGAGGACCAGUACAUAUUUGUACACGACGCCCUGCUGGAAGCCAUCGAAAGCGGCGAGACGGACAUCCACCGGAGCUUCCUCAGUCGCUACCUGCACAACCUGCAGACCACCGAGCAGGACAUCUACCCCUGGUACAACCUCGACAGGCAGUUUAAGCUCAUCACCUACGACCAGGCGACCGACUACGACAUGACGUCGGCGCGCCACCCGGUCAACUACCGCAAGAACCGCAGCAUGGAGCUGCUGCCGGUGGAGCGGUACCGGGUGUGCCUGACGCCGCGGCCCGGCGCCGAGGGCUCCGACUACAUCAACGCCAGCUGGCUGCUCGGCCACAGCCGGCUGCAGGAGUUCAUCGUGACGCAGCACCCGCUGGUCGGCACCGUCGCCGCCUUCUGGCAGAUGGUGUGGGACCACAACGCGCAGACGGCUGUGCUGCUCAGCCCGGUGGAUGAUCAGGAAUACUGCAUCUUCUGGCCUCUUGAGCGCGAAGAGAUCGACUGUGAUCAGUUCCGGGUCAGGUUCACUUCAGAACGGCAGCACGGCCAGUUCGUCAUCCGAGACUUUACCCUGCAGACUGACUACGAGAUGCCGAUGAGGAUCAUCCAGUGUUCUGAUUGGCCACUGAACUGCACGCCUCUUGGCCACGUGUUCGACCUGAUCAAGCUUGUGCAGCGCGACCACCUUGAGUACCAGAACGGGCCGUGCGUGGUGGUGGACCGCUUCGGCGGCACCGAGGCCGCCACCUUCUGCUGCCUGACCACGCUGAUGAAGCAGCUGGAGUACGAGUCGCACGCCGACGUGUACAUGUACGCGCGGCUGUACCACACGCGGCGGCCGGGUCUGUGGCGCAACCAGGACGACUACCUGUACCUGUACCGCACCGUCGAGUCCCUCGUGUCGGGCACGGCCAAUCCGCCGCUGCCCCCGGCACCGCCUGCCGCCGACGUCACUGUUGCCAGCAUCCAGAACCACCUGCCGCAGCGCCAGCAUAGCCAGCAGCAGCAGCAACAGCAGCAACAGCAGCUCAAGCCAAUCCUGAAGAACUCAAACGUGCAGCUGCAGCAGUACCACGGCGUGCAGCACCCCGCCGUGACCCCCAGCAGGCACUCGAUGGUUCAGCCGAACAGCUACACUGACGAGUACGUCAACCCGUGUCUCCCCACGCGCGGCAACGGGCAUGUGAACGGACAGCUGAACGGACACGUGAACGGACACGGCAACGGACAGGCGAACGGGAUCGGCCGGGCGUACCGCAUCCCGCCUGACGGCCGCGAGAGCACGGUGCUCGACGUGGAGCACUACGUGAACACGUGAGCGGCCGGCUUGGCUGGUCCGCUGCUGUGAUACCGCUGAGUGGGACGUGAAGUGCGCGGCUGCCCCAGCAAGCCGCACUUUCGACGCGUUGUGAAACAUUGGCGCGCGGUGGAGCUGUCGCUGUGGGUCUGGCAAACCAAACGCCGUGAAAAAUCAACACAUCAGCUGUGUGUUUAGGUGCCGCAAGACCCCAGGCAUAGACUUUGAAUUUGUGAUUCAGUCAAGCUUUUGCCACAUUGCACCAGUGUGACCGAGUCAGCACGUGUGACUAAGUUAUAAGCUAACAACUGUGAACAUGUCGUUACGUUCCAUUAGCUAUGCCUGAAAGUACAAAUCGAGCUUUUAGUCGUGAAUGAAGUUAAAGGUGUCAUGACUGUAUUGCAUGUACUUGGUUCAGCGCUGUGUUGCUUUUAUAUGCGUUGUGUGCAGCUUAUGGCUUUAGUGUGACUCAAAUACAAUUGCUUUUUAUGAC